AAGAAAAACCUGAAAGUAAUACAGCACUGCAUAUAGUACCCAUUUUAUCUCAUGCACAACAUCAGGCUACAUUACCUUUAGAUCUACAACUGCAAGAAAAGAAAGAACUCUGGAAGCAGAGUUAG